UCCCAUAGUCUGUGAAACGUAACCACGUGUUAGUAAAAAAAUCUAACCUGUAUAUUUUUAUUUAAUAAAUAAAAAGUUUAAUAAAUAUAAUAAAAUAAAAAAUGGUUAUUGCUGAAAGUGAAACGGUAGUAAAUACUGAAAAAGAAGUAAAUAUCGAUGAAGGAAGUCUUUGUGUAUCAGAUGACACUAAAAUAAAUUCAGAUCUUCUUAAAUCAAGUACUAGUGAUUAUUUAAAAUCAUUGACAAAUAAUAAUGUUCAAUUGCUGAUCAAUAAAGUAUGGGAAUUACCAGUAAAACGUGUUGAUGAAUCAAUUGUUGCUGAAUUACCUAAACCAAAAUUAAAAUUACCACGUGCUCGUGUUGUUCCAAAACCAAAACCACUUACAAAAUGGGAGAAAUUUGCUAAAGAAAAAGGUAUUCGUAAAAAGAAAAAUAAUAAAUCUAAAUUACAGUGGGAUGAAGAACUUGGCAAGUGGAUUCCACUGUUUGGUUACAAAAGAGUUAAAGCGCAGGAACAAAAAGAAUGGUUGGUUGAAAUAAAUGGACCCAAUGAUAAUCCAAUCCAAGCAUCAAUGAAAAAGAAAGAAGAUCGUGUUAAUAAAAAUGAAUUACAGCGACUACGUAAUAUUGCACGUGCUAAUAAUAUUAAAUUGCCAAAAGUUGGGAUACCUAGUGAGGAGAAAUUCACCAGUGCACAGCAACUUGCAGUUGCUAAUACAGUUGCACGAGUUUCAACAGCAUCAGUUGGUAAAUUCCAGAGUAAAUUACCUAAAGAAAAAGAAGCCAAGGAUAAAAUUCUUAAACAAGUACCAGGAUUAAUUAAAAAACGUAAAGCUUUGCCUAAUAAUGCUGUUGAUGAGAAAAAAAUAAAUACUUCAUUGGUUAAUGAUAUUAUUAAUAAAAAAACUUACAAGGAUAUUUUAACUGUACAAACUGCACCGCAAGAAAUAAAUUCUGAAUCAGCGAGUAAAAAACGCGGUAAAAAUAAAAAUUUGAACAGUAAAAGUGGCAAAAAACCAAAAGCUGGAAAAGGAGAACGCAAUAUGAAGAAAAAAACUGGGGGUAGAAAACGUAGAUAAAUUUUUUUUUACUUGCCAUUUUUUUUUUUUAUUAGACUGAAUAUUGAUUUCUUUUUUUUUUCAACAAAUUGUUUGUAAUUUAAUGAAUAAAUUUAAACAAAAUAUUUGAAUUUAAAUUUA